CCUUGUUAUAUCUACAGUAGUAUCUCCCUUCUCUUUUUCACUUUUGCGCAAGGCAAAGAGAGCGAAAGAGUCGAGAGAGAGAGACUAGGUUCCUCUGAACUCGCCGGAGCUCCGGCUACUCUCUUUCACUCUUUCACUCUUCUUCUUCCUUCUUAAGCUCUGUUCUUGUGUGUUUCUCGAUUUCAUCAAAGCUGAGUCCCCUAGUUUAUGACCUAAAAGGAAGUUGAAUCUUUUGGAGGAUUUCGUAUAAAUCAACUCUUUUUGUUCUUCUUUGACUUAUUGAUUUUGAGAGGGUUUUUAGAGGGGUUUGGUUUUAGAUUCUGCACACCAAGUGUUCGAUAAAAUGGCUGAACCAAAGAAACGUUCUUCCCUUCACGCCACCAAGCCCAGCAGAAAGCCCAAGAAGAAAACUUUCCAGCUAAACCGCCUCCCUGGUUUAUCUGAAGAUCUGAAGACUAUGAGAAAGAUCCGUUUCCUUGUGAAUGAUCCUUACGCUACUGACUACUCAUCCGGCGAGGAAGAUGUUGAAACUAGUCGGAGAAGGAAACGUUAUGUCUGUGAGAUCGACCGCCCUUUCUCUCAAGCCACUUCUCAAGCAGAGUCUGAAAGCUCUUAUGUUCAGGAGAGUAAUAACAAUGGUGGAAGCAAAAAGGCUUUAAGUGGGAAAGCCUCUCAGGUUGUUGGGCGCUCUAGUGUCACGAAGCCUGUUGGUGUAAGGCAGAGGAAAUGGGGCAAAUGGGCUGCUGAGAUCAGACAUCCAAUCACCAAGACAAGAACUUGGUUGGGUACUUACGAGACACUUGAACAAGCAGCUGAUGCUUACGCUACCAAGAAGCUCGAGUUUGAUGCUUUGGCUGCUGCUCCCUGUGAUUCAACUGCUUCAAAUGACUCUGUUUCGAUGGUCUCUAAUGUUGAAGCUGUGUCAAGCAUUGGUCUUGAUAUGAAGGUAACUGAUUCGAAGAAGGCGAGUUUUGGUUUCAACUUCGCAGAUCUACAGAUUCCUGAUAUGGGUUGCUUCAUCGAUGAGUCAUUGAUCCCAAAUGCUUGUGAGCUUGAUUUUCUCUUCACUGAAGAGAAGGACGACCAGCUCUUGGAUGAUUACUGCGGUAUAGAUGACAUGAACAUCAUUGGUCUAGAAUGCGACGGUCCAAGCGAACUUCCAGACUAUGAUUUCUCAGACGUGGAGAUCGAUCUUGGUCUCAUUGGAACCACCAUUGACAAGUUUACUUUCGUCGAUCAUCUUGCAACGAGUACAACCACUCCUCUUAAUAUCGCGUGCCCAUAAGUUUUGCAGAUAGGUGGUGUUAUUAUUAGCCAUAGGAGCAAGGUAAAAAAAAGCUCUGUUUUUGUUUAAGUUAUUACAGUAUAGCAGAGGCAGUUAAUCGCAGGGGAAAGCAAGAACCCCUAAAAAGAGACAUAAGUUUUGUGUGUUGGUGUUACUACAAAGUUUUGUUUAACGUGUAAUAGUUUUGAUGUUGUGAAGAAAGAUGGAGCGAGGUGAGAUCAAAAUUGUAAUCUCAGAGGGGUUCUGUUUUGUAAACUCUCUCAAUCUUUGUAAGUUUUGCCUAUUGAGUUGUUGAUAAUGUAUGUGAAAACCAAAGUUAUUGUUUUGUGUA